GUACGGAUGGGACAUUUCGUCGUCGUACGAGUGUAAGAAGCGGCAGUUUCAGUAAGAUCAUGACGUCAUUUCCAGCGCACGGAGGCCCGCCACGUACUGUAGAAAACGCAGAACGCACGAACGUUCGACAUGCCGUGCGCACGCAAGACCUAACACGCACCAUAUCGGACAGUGGCGCGAUCCGACACAAAGGACCUUUACACAGCGCAAGCUUACCAGAAAUUGGUCUAACCCGUGUCAACAAGGUGUCCGAUUCCGACAGCCUUGUUUGGCGUAAGUGCUCAAGUACCGUGGACGGAUUUCAAAGAAGGGGGUCGCUAUCCCCGACCGUUGAACGAACUACACAAAUGGGAAGCGGUGCCCGCGAAAAGACUCAAAGUAGUAAGGACUCAUCGCAUGGGUCAUUUCCACAAGGCGCUAGGUCGUGCGACAAUAGUUUGACGUUAAGUAUGGACUCGAGUCCGUAUCCAUUUCGGAGGCCUCUGAGCAACUCAUUUGGAGCAGUACAUUCGAGAAGCGAGAAUCACAAGGGCAGUAAUGGCAGGAAGGUCGAAGGGGUCGCAGAUGUUGGUUUGUCUGGGGAAGAAUUGGCGAGAAAAUUGUUUCACUUAGAUGGUUUUAACCGGAACGAAGUUGCGCCCAUGUUGUUUAAAAA